AUGUGUGAGACAUCACCACAACCCUACAAGCCUGCAUUCACCUCAUCCAUAAAGAAUACUCCCAAAAAAGUCACAAACCUUGAUGACUUUGAUAACUUUGUGUACCUGAAUGAAACUUGGGUCAACCAGAAUUACACUGUAUCAAAGUGUUGGGUUGAUACCAGAGCCAAGAAAGCCACUGGAAUAAAAGUUCCUACAGGGAAAGGGAGCCGCCUUAUCAUCCUCCAUUCUGGAACAAAGUAUGGAUUUAUUAAGAAUGCAGACCUUGUAUUCCAAGCAAAGAACAGUGGUGACUAUCACGAUCAAAUGACAGCCACGAAAUUCGAGGAAAGGUUCAAGAAACAGCUGCUGCCUAACAUUCCUCCUAAGUCUGUCAUUGUGAUGGACAACGCCUCCUACCAUUCAGUGCAGCUUGAAAAAAUGCCAACAAAGUCAUGGCUGAAAGAUGACAUCAAGGAAUGGCUCAUCAAGAAAGGAGAACAGCCAGGAGAUGAAUUAUAUAAAAACCAACUUUACAAUCUUACAAAGAAAUACAACACUGGCAAGAAAUAUGUGAUUGACACCAUCGCCAAGGAUGCUGGACACAGGAUUGUGCGGUUACCACCGUACCAUUGCCAGUACAACCCUAUUGAGCUAAUUUGGGCCCAGGUGAAGAGGAACAUAGCAGAAAAAAUAACUACAAGAUGGCAGAUCUGA